UGGAGCGCUUGCUGGCGGCGGGGGCUUGGGGGCCGGGCCCACGCCCACCCUCCACCGCCCGCCCAGGAAUGCUGAGGCGCCGGCCGCCUGCUCCCGACUCCCCGAGCCCAGCGUGAGUGUCUGUGCGGCGCGCCGGGCCGCUCCAUGCGCGCCGGGCCGCUCCAUCCGCGCCAAGCAUUUUGUGGGUCUGUGGAAAAUCGAUGUGGGAUGUCGGCGUGAAGGAGAUGACCUUGUGAGGAAUGUGAAUGAAUUACAAGUGGUAAAAUGCUGUCAUCAUACAAAAGAAGCCAGAAGAUUAACAUCUCGGUGCUCAGUGAGGUGUGGUGAAGGGUUUAAUCUCCAAGAUGGUGGCCCUGUCAUUGAAGAUCUGUGUUCGCCAAUGCAAUGUCAUCAAGACAAUGCAAUUCGAGCCCUCCACAGUGGUGUACGACGCAUGUCGCAUUAUCCGGGAACGUGUUCCAGAGGCUCAGAUUGGGCAAGCCUCUGAUUAUGGUUUGUUCCUGUCGGAUGAAGAUCCGAGGAAGGGGAUUUGGCUGGAAUCUGGUCGGACCUUGGAUUAUUACAUGCUUCGUAACGGGGAUGUUCUGGAGUACAAGAAAAAGCAAAGGCCUCAGAAAGUGAGGAUGCUUGAUGGAGCUGUGAAGACGGUCAUGAUUGAUGACUCCAAAACUGUUGGUGAACUUCUUGUACCCAUCUGCAGUAGAAUAGGCAUCACCAACUAUGAAGAAUAUUCAUUGAUCCAAGACAUUAUUGAAGAGAAAAAAGACGAAGGGACUGGCACGCUGAAGAAAGACCGAACUUUGUUACGGGAUGAAAAGAAGAUGGAGAAGUUGAAAGCCAAGCUGCACACGGAUGAUGACUUGAACUGGUUGGACCACAGUCGGACGUUCCGGGAACAAGGUGUCGACGAAAACGAAACCCUGCUGCUGAGGCGCAAGUUCUUCUACUCCGAUCAGAACGUGGACUCCCGAGACCCGGUGCAGCUUAACCUGCUUUACGUACAGGCACGGGAUGAUAUUCUGAAUGGCUCACACCCAGUUUCCUUUGAGAAAGCCUGUGAGUUUGGUGGCAUUCAGGCUCACAUCCAGUUUGGGGCCCACGUUGAGCACAAGCACAAGGCUGGAUUUCUGGAUCUGAAGGAGUUUCUGCCCAAGGAAUACAUCAAGCAGAGAAAUGCAGAGAAAAAGAUAUUUCAGGAACACAAAAACUGCGGGGAAAUGACUGAAAUCGAAGCGAAAGUGAAAUACGUUAAGCUGGCCCGCUCACUACGAACCUACGGGGUGUCGUUCUUUCUGGUGAAGGAGAAGAUGAAGGGGAAAAACAAAUUGGUGCCUCGACUACUGGGUGUCACCAAAGAUUCAGUGAUGCGAGUGGAUGAAAAGACCAAGGAAGUGAUGCAGGAGUGGCCUCUGACUACUGUCAAGCGUUGGGCUGCUUCUCCAAAGAGCUUUACUCUGGAUUUUGGAGAGUACCAGGAAAGUUACUACUCUGUUCAGACAACUGAGGGAGAGCAAAUCUCACAGCUGAUUGCUGGAUAUAUCGACAUCAUCCUGAAGAAGAAACAAAGUAAAGACCGGUUUGGACUGGAAGGGGAUGAAGAGUCGACCAUGUUGGAAGAAUCAGUGUCUCCUAAAAAAUCCACCAUUCUGCAGCAACAGUUUAACAAGACAGGCAAGAUAGAGCAUGCAUCUGUGGCAUUGCCAGCUGUGAUGAGGCCUGGAGCAGGUGGGCCAGAGAACUUCAACACAGGCACCAUGCCAGCUCCGCAACAACAGAUCCUGAGUGGGCAGAUGCAUCGGGGCCAUAUGCCACCACUGACAUCAGCACAGCAAGCAUUAAUGGGAACCAUUAACUCAAGUAUGCAGGCCGUUCAACAAGCCCAGUCUGACUUAACUGAGGUAGAUAACUUGCCCCCGCUGGGACAGGACAUGGCAUCCAAGGUGUGGGUUCAGAACAAAGUGGAUGAAUCAAAGCACGAGAUUCACUCGCAGGUUGACGCUAUCACAGCAGGCACGGCGUCAGUUGUCAAUCUCACAGCUGGAGAUCCUGCAGACACAGAUUACACUGCUGUCGGCUGUGCCAUCACAACCAUUUCCUCCAAUCUCACUGAAAUGUCCAAGGGAGUGAAGAUGUUGGCUGCCUUGAUGGAUGAUGAUGUUGGAAGUGGUCAGGAUCUUCUACGAGCAGCGAGAACAUUGGCUGGUGCCGUGUCUGAUCUGCUCAAGGCAGUCGAGCCUUCAUCAGGAGAGCCCCGCCAGACUGUGCUGACAGCAGCCGGGAGUAUCGGGCAGGCCAGCGGUGACCUCCUCCGACACAUUGGAGAGGGUGAAACGGAUGAACGGUUUCAGGAUGUUCUGAUGAACCUGGCCAAGGCUGUGGCAAAUGCAGCUGCUAUGUUGGUGCUGAAGGCGAAGAACGUUGCCCAGGUGGCUGAGGACACAAUCCUGCAGAACCGGGUGAUCGCUGCUGCCACGCAGUGCGCCCUGUCCACCUCACAACUUGUCGCCUGUGCCAAGGUGGUCAGCCCAACGAUCAGCUCCCCCGUGUGUCAGGAGCAGCUGGUGGAGGCUGGGAAGCUGGUGGAUCGCUCUGUCGAGGGCUGUGUCAGGGCUUGCCAAGCGGCAACUGACGACGGGGAGCUGCUGAAGCAAGUCAGUGCCGCUGCAAGUGUGGUCAGCCAGGCCCUCAACGAUCUCCUCCAGCACGUGCGCCAGUACGCCAGCAGGGGCGAGCCCAUUGGACGCUACGACCAGGCCACUGACACCAUCAUGACAGUUACCGAGAGCAUCUUCAGCUCCAUGGGUGAUGCAGGAGAGAUGGUUCGUCAGGCCCGGGUUCUGGCCCAGGCAACAUCCGACCUGGUGAAUGCGAUGAGAUCUGACGCAGAGGCUGAGAGUGAUGUGGAUAACUCAAAGAAGCUGCUGGCCGCUGCCAAGCUUCUGGCUGAUUCUACAGCGCGAAUGGUGGAAGCAGCAAAGGGUGCUGCUGCUAAUCCAGAGAACCAGGACCAACAGCAGAAGCUGCGGGAGGCAGCAGAGGGCCUGCGGGUUGUCACCAAUUCAGCUGCUCAGAAUGCCAUCAAGAAGAAGUUAAUUAACCGACUGGAGAACGCAGCCAAGCAGGCAGCAGCCGCUGCAACGCAGACCAUCGCUGCGUCUCAGAAUGCAUCAUCAUCCAACAAGAACACAGCCGCUCAGCAGCAACUGGUCCAGAGUUGUAAGGCUGUUGCUGAUCACAUCCCUCAGUUGGUGCAAGGAGUCCGAGGAAGUCAGGCUGACCCGGAGAACCUGACUGCCCAGCUUGCCCUGAUUAUCGCCAGUCAGAACUUCCUACAGCCUGGAAGUAAGAUGGUUUCCUCUGCAAAAGCCGCUGUGCCUACGGUCACAGAUCAGGCUGCUGCCAUGCAGCUUGGGCAAUGUGCCAAAAACCUCGCCACCAGUCUGGCUGAGCUGAGAACAUCUGUUCAAAAGGCUCAGGAGGCCUGCGGGCCCAUGGAGAUCGACUCCGCGCUGCAGUCAGUACAGACGUUGAGGAAUGAACUCCAGGAUGCCAAGAUGGCCGCAGUGGAUGGACAACUGAAACCGCUGCCUGGGGAAACGUUGGAAAAAUGCGCUCAGGAUUUGGGAAGUAUGUCCAAGGCCGUGGGCUCGUCGAUGGCCCAGCUUCUUACCUGUGCAGCACAAGGCAAUGAACAUUAUACAGGCAUCGCUGCACGAGAGACGGCUCAGGCCCUCAAGGCGCUGGCCUCAGCUGCCCGCGGGGUCGCAGCGUCCACUGACAGCCCGCCCGCACAGAACUCCAUGCUGGACGCGGCACGUGACGUCAUGGACGGAUCUGCCCUCCUGAUCCAGGAGGCCAAGCAGACGCUGGCCUCACCGGGAGACGCUGAGAGUCAGCAACGGCUGGCACAGGUGGCGAAGGCCGUGUCUCACUCUCUGAACAACUGUGUGAACUGUUUGCCUGGGCAGAAGGAUGUGGACAUGGCACUUAAAAGUAUUGGAGAGUCCAGCAAGAAACUGCUGGUGGACUUGUUGCCACCGAGUACCAAGAGCUUCCAGGAGGCGCAGAGUGAGCUGAACCAAGCUGCAGCGGAUCUGAACCAGUCUGCGGGCGAGGUGGUCCAUGCAUCCCGAGGGACCAGUCGGCAGCUGGCUGCCGCCUCCGGCAAGUUUAGUGAAGACUUUGACGAGUUCCUGGACGCAGGGAUUGAAAUGGCUGGGCAGGCUCAGACAAAAGAGGGUCAGAUCCAGGUUGUUGGUAACUUGAAGAAUAUCUCAAUGGCUUCCAGCAAGCUGCUGCUCGCUGCCAAAUCACUUUCUGUGGAUCCUGCAGCACCCAAUGCCAAGAAUCUCCUGGCUGCUGCUGCUAGGGCUGUUACAGAGAGCAUCAAUCAGUUAAUUACACUCUGCACUCAGCAGGCUCCCGGACAGAAGGAGUGUGACAAUGCCCUUCGAGAGCUCGAGACUGCAAAAGGCAUGCUCGAUAACCCCAGUGACCCGGUCAGUGACCUUUCCUACUUUGACUGUAUUGAAAGUGUGAUGGAGAAUUCCAAGGUCCUCGGUGAAGCCAUGGCAGGGAUCUCUCAGAAGGCCAAGACCGGUGAUCUUCCUGCAUUUGGAGACUCCGUUGGGAUUGCUUCGAAGGCGUUGUGUGGUCUGACAGAAGCUGCAGCUCAGGCAGGCUACCUGGUUGGCAUAUCUGAUCCCAACAGCCAGGCCGGGCACCAGGGGCUGGUGGAUCCUAUUCAAUUUGCCAGGGCCAACCAGGCGAUUCAGAUGGCUUGUCAGAACCUGGUGGAUCCAGCAAGCAGCCCAUCACAGGUGCUGUCUGCUGCCACCAUUGUUGCCAAGCACACUUCUGCUCUGUGCAAUGCAUGUCGGAUCGCUUCCUCUAAAACCGCCAAUCCUGUAGCCAAGAGGCACUUUGUUCAGUCAGCGAAAGAAGUUGCCAACAGCACAGCCAACCUUGUGAAGACGAUCAAGGCUCUUGAUGGCGAUUUCUCUGAAGAAAAUCGUGAAAAGUGCAGGUUGGCCACAACUCCUUUAAUUGAGGCUGUGGAAAAUUUGACAGCGUUUGCCUCAAAUCCUGAGUUUGUCAGCAUCCCAGCGCAGAUAGGAGCAGAGGGUGCCCAGGCCCAGGAACCAAUUCUUUCAGCUGCUCGAUCCAUGCUGGAGAGCUCAUCCUCCCUCAUCAAAAGUGCUCGGUCACUCGCCAUCAACCCGAAGGACCCCCCAACCUGGUCUAUCCUGGCGGGACACUCUCGCACUGUGUCAGACUCCAUUAAGAGCCUCAUAACAUCCAUCAGGGACAAGGCUCCAGGCCAGAGAGAAUGUGACUGUUCAAUUGACAACAUCAACAAGUGUAUUCGGGAGAUCGAGCAAGCAUCCCUGGCAGCUGUCAGUCAGAACUUGCCAACAAGAGAUGACAUUUCAUUGGAGGCCUUGCAGGAGCAGAUGAGUUCAACGGUGCAGGAAAUAGGACACCUGAUUGACCCGAUAACCACGGCUGCUCGCGGGGAGGCUGCUCAGCUGGGCCACAAGGUCACCCAGCUGGCCAGUUACUUUGAGCCUUUGACCCUGGCCUCAGUCGGUGUGGCAUCCAAAGUGCUCGACCACCAGCAGCAGAUGACUGUGCUGGAUCAGACCAAGACCCUGGCAGAGUCCGCUCUGCAGAUGCUGUACGCGGCCAAGGAGGGUGGCGGUAAUCCCAAGGCUUCGCACACUCACGAUGCAAUUACAGAGGCAGCUCAGCUCAUGAAGGAGGCCGUGGAUGAUAUUAUGGUAACACUCAACGAAGCUGCCAGCGACAUUGGAAUGGUGGGUGGUAUGGUCGAUGCCAUUGCUGAUGCAAUGAACAGAUUGGACGAGGGCACCCCUCCUGAACCAGAGGGAACUUUUGUCGACUACCAGACCACAAUGGUGAAAUAUUCCAAGGCGAUCGCAGUUACUGCCCAGGAGAUGAUGUCCAAGUCGGUGACCAGUCCUGAGGAGCUUGGGGGCCUAGCUUCCCAAGUGACUACUGACUACAGCCACCUUGCUCAUCAAGGUCGACUUGCAACAGCCACGGCUGACACCGAGGAGAUUGGAUUCCAGAUUAAGACACGAGUUCAAGAUUUGGGCCAUGGCUGUAUAUACCUGGUGCAGAAGGCAGGGGCUGUUCAGAUCAGCCCUAGUGAUAGCUUUACCAAAAGAGAGCUCAUCGAGUGUGCUCGUGCUGUGACAGAAAAGGUGUCCUUGGUCCUGUCUGCACUCCAGGCAGGCAACAGAGGCACGCAGGCCUGCAUCACCGCUGCUAGUGCCGUAUCCGGCAUCAUUGCUGAUCUGGACACCACCAUCAUGUUUGCCACAGCCGGCACACUCAAUGCCGAAAAUGAUGAGUCGUUUGCAGACCACAGGGAGAACAUCCUAAAAACAGCAAAGGCCCUGGUUGAAGACACCAAGUUCCUGGUGUCUGGAGCAGCAUCAAGCCAGGAGAAACUAGCCCAAGCUGCCCAGUCCUCUGUCAGCACCAUUACCCAGCUGGCUGAAGUGGUGAAGCAGGGAGCUGCCAGCCUUGGCUCCGAUGAUCCAGAAACACAGGUUGUACUGAUUAAUGCAGUGAAGGAUGUGGCUAAAGCACUUACUGACCUCAUCAGUGCCACGAAGUGUGCAGCUGGGAAACCCGCUGACGAUCCAUCAAUGUAUCAACUGAAGGGCGCAGCCAAGGUAAUGGUCACAAACGUCACCUCCCUUCUGAAAACAGUGAAAGCAGUAGAGGAUGAAGCCACGCGCGGUACAAGGGCUCUCGAGGGAACGAUAGAAAGCAUUAAACAGGAGCUGGCGGUUUUCCAAUCAAAAGAGGUACCAGCCAAGACUCAUACACCGGAAGAAUUCAUUCGAAUGACAAAAGGUAUCACAACCGCCACUGCCAAGGCAGUGGCUGCAGGGAACUCCUGUCGCCAGGAUGAAGUGAUAGCAACUGCCAACCUGAGUCGCAAGGCAAUUGUCGACAUGCUGACAGCUUGCAAGCAAGCAGCAUACCAUUCAGCAGUGAGUGAGGAUGUGCGAGGCCGGGCCUUGCAUUCAGCCACUGAAUGCACCGUGGGAUACAUGGAACUGCUGGAGCACGUCCUUGCGGUUGUUCAGAAGCCCACAGCCGAGCAGAAGCUUCAGUUGUCUGCGUACUCGAAGCGCGUUGCAGCUGCCGUCACCGAACUGAUCCAGUCAGCCGAAGCCAUGAAAGGCAUAGAGUGGGUGGAUCCUGAAGAUCCAACAGUUAUUGCAGAGGCAGAGCUGCUGGGAGCCGCGGCGUCCAUCGAGGCUGCUGCCAAGAAACUGGAGCAGCUGAAACCAAGGGCCAAGCCCAGGCAAGCAGAUGAGACCCUGGACUUUGAGGAGCAGAUUCUUGAAGCUGCUAAAUCGAUUGCGGCUGCCACCAGCGCAUUGGUGAAGUCUGCUUCUGCCGCUCAGCGGGAGCUGGUUGCCCAGGGAAAGGUGGGAGCUAUCCUUGCCAAUGCUGUGGAUGACGGCCAGUGGUCGCAAGGUCUCAUUUCUGCAGCCCGGAUGGUGGCUGCUGCAACAAGCAAUCUGUGUGAGGCAGCCAACGCCUGUGUACAGGGUCACGCCAGCGAGGAGAAGCUGAUCUCAUCGGCCAAGCAGGUGGCCGCCUCCACCGCACAGCUGCUGGUGGCCUGUAAGGUGAAGGCGGACUCUGACUCAGAGGCAAUGCAGCGGCUCCAGACAGCGGGAAACGCUGUGAAGCGGGCGUCAGACAACCUUGUCAGAGCAGCUCAGAAGGCAGCGUUCGACAAACCUGAUGAGGAAAAUAUUGUCGUCAAAACACGAUUUGUGGGUGGAAUUGCUCAGAUCAUUGCCGCCCAGGAGGAAAUGCUGAGGAAGGAGAAAGAGCUGGAAGAAGCUCGAAAGAAACUCGCACAAAUCCGCCAACAACAGUACAAGUUCCUGCCUUCAGAGCUGCGUGAAGAAGAGAGCUAGAUGACGGACACUGUCAACCAAACAAGCAUUGUAUCACAAGGAUCUCAAUACUUUCAGAAUUUGAGCCAUUGGGAACCUGAUGGUUUUGUACACUGAGGAGAUGGAACAUUGCAUUACCUAGGAUUUAUCCAAUUAUAGAUUGUAGCCCAGAAUAUGGUAGUUUAGUAUUGGCUUCCUGUACUCCCAAGGCUUGCAUGCACUAAAUACAAAUCAGGGAAGUCUACAGAGCAAGAUUAAUAUGGCCAGACCGCAUGUUAUAGUGUGCGGCAGAAAGCAAUUUGUGUACAGAAAGUGUUACUGAAGUGUGAGUCUGCCCUACGAGACUAAAGUAGGAAGACAGAAAAACUGUGGAUUCUCCAGGCAUUGAUAGAGAAGAGAUUGGCAGGUGAGCAGAGAAACCUUUGCUUUACUACAGGACUGAUCAAUGCUUUUUCACUACUGAUUGUCUGCCGAUCUGAGAGUGAUGCUUAGAAGUUAAUCUGCUUCCUCCAGGAACUGAGGCAACCCCCUUAAACGUUCCUGCAUUUACUUUGGCUGUUUUAUUCUAUGAUGUUCUGAUUCAAAUUGUUGAGAAGUGAUUUGUGCACAGUUCAGUUAAUCGCUCCCUUGAAUGCUGUUGUUCACUUUUCAGUAUCUGACUUUGGAAACCAAUUAAAAGUAAAUUGUUGAAAGGAAUUCCACCUUGUGUUCCCAAAGCUACCCUCAGUAAAGGGUCUUAAACACAGGAAGCACAGAAAAGCACCAUCCUUCAAGGGGACAAGAAACCACUACAAUUCCUAAUUCUUGGUCUGCUUUAAGGUGGUGGAUUCCCUAACAUGUUCAUUUUCCUAACAUGUUCAUCUGUCACCUGCUGUGUUUUCUGUAUUAGCUAGAGAGUUGCUCAUAGUGUGUCUUUGCUUAGUCUUUCUGUUGGCUGCAAUACUGUGCUAUAACUGGUAGGAGUUAAUCCACUAAAAUCAACCACUAAAAUCCCCCAGCUGAAUGUAUUCCUGCUGUGCCCAUAUAAGUCGUGUUCCCAAAGUCUUAAUGCAGGAGGGGUUCCCUCACUUCUACCACACAUCACUGCCCUCAACUCGCCUUGUAUGGUACAGUCAGCAAACCCCGUCUGCUGCUGCAAACAGAUUUUUUUAAAUUUGGAAAUUGCAUUCCACAAGCCUGCAUCAAGAUUCAUUGUAAUUUUUCUGUACGACAGCCCUGCGCCUCCCUGCUUGGGUCUGUCACCUUGGAGUGUUGUCUGUAAACUGGUAUCGGAAAGUCAACAGAUCCACUUGUUUUGAUAGAUAGCUGAGAAAUCUGAUUUUUAAAAAAAAAUAAACUUUAAUGUACUGAAAUUACUCAAUUUAAUCUAAUAUUGGCCUGUAAUUUGAGUUGUUUUUAAGGUGGUCUGUCUAAAACAAAGUAAGAGGCAGAUGCAAGAUAGAUGUUUUUUACAAGUUGUUGGCUUGCCGCCUUUGGUAUCAUCAGACUUUCAUUGAAGCAUCACAUAUAUAAAUCUACCGUGACAGAAUGUAUGUAACAUAAAGUGCUAAUUUAUCGGCCACAAAAACUAUUUUUUGUAUUCACCGAAAUAAAAGGUUUCAA